UUUUGGUGUUGUUGUUGUAGUGAUGGCGGCGGCAGGCGCAGAGGCCCCGGACUCCUGGUAUCUGGCGCUGCUCGGGUUCGCCGAACAUUUCCGUACCUCCAGCCCUCCCAAAAUCCGCCUGUGCGUUCAUUGUCUGCAAGCCGUGUUCCAGUUCAAGCCGCCGCAGAGAGUGGAAGCCCGGACGCAUCUGCAGCUGGGCUCGGUGCUCUACCACCACACGAAGAACAGCGAGUUGGCCCGCACACACCUCGAGAAAGCGUGGCUGAUCUCACAGCAAGUUGCACAGUUUGAAGAUGUUAAAUUUGAGGCUGCCAGUCUCCUCUCGGAGCUCUACUGUCAACAGAACUUGGUUGAUUCAGCGAAGCCGCUGUUACGGAAAGCCAUCCAGAUUUCACAGCAAACUCCAUACUGGCACUGCAGACUGCUGUUUCAACUCGCUCAACUUCACACACUAGAGAAGGAUCUGGUGUCAGCGUGUGAUCUGUUGGGUGUCGGAGCAGAAUAUGCCCGAGUGGUUGGAUCUGAAUAUACCAGAGCUCUCUUCCUGUUGAGUAAAGGCAUGUUGCUGUUGAUGGAGCGUAAGCUGCAGGAAGUUCAUCCACUCCUGACGCUGUGUGGACAGAUCGUAGAAACCUGGCAGGGAAACCCCAUCCAGAAAGAGUCGCUGCGUGUGUUCUUCCUCGUGCUGCAGGUCACGCAUUACCUGGACGCUGGACAGGUGAAGAGUGUAAAGCCGUGUUUGAAGCAGCUCCAGCAGUGUAUUCAAACCAUCUCAACACUCCAUGAUGACGAGAUUCUGCCCAGUAACUCAGCUGAUCUCUUCCACUGGCUGCCAAAAGAGCACAUGUGUGUGCUGGUCUACCUGGUGACUGUGAUGCACUCAAUGCAGGCCGGAUAUCUGGAGAAAGCUCAGAAAUACACAGAUAAAGCACUCAUGCAGCUGGAGAAACUAAAGAUGUUGGACUGUAGCCCGAUUCUGUCUUCAUUUCAAGUGAUUCUACUGGAGCACAUCAUCAUGUGUCGUUUGGUGACCGGACACAAAGCCACCGCGCUACAGGAGAUCUCUCAGGUGUGUCAGUUGUGUCAGCAGUCCCCACGGCUCUUCUCCAAUCACGCUGCUCAACUCCACACGCUGCUCGGUUUAUACUGUAUCUCUGUGAACUGUAUGGACAACGCUGAAGCUCAGUUUACUACAGCACUAAGGCUCACCACACAUCAGGAGUUGUGGACGUUUAUCGUGACUAAUCUGGCGAGUGUUUACAUCAGAGAGGGCAACAGACAUCAAGAGCUGUACAGUCUGUUAGAGCGGAUAAAUCCAGACCAAAACUUCCCUGUCAGUUCUCACUGUUUGCGGGCAGCGGCGUUCUACAUCCGUGGACUUCUGUCCUUCUUCCAGGGUCGAUACAACGAAGCCAAGCGUUUCCUCCGAGAGACACUGAAGAUGUCUAACGCAGAGGAUCUGAAUCGUUUGACGGCAUGCUCUCUGGUGCUGCUGGGACACAUAUUCUAUGUGCUGGGAAACCACAGAGAGAGCAACAACAUGGUGGUUCCAGCGAUGCAGUUGGCCAGUAAGAUCCCUGAUAUGUCAGUGCAGCUGUGGUCUUCUGCUCUACUGAAGGAUCUGAACAAAGCCUGCGGGAAUUCAAUGGACGCUCAUGAAGCUGCGCAGAUGCACCAGAACUUCUCACAGCAGCUGCUGCAGGAUCACAUCGCCGCCUGCAGUCUACCUGAACACAACCUCAUUAGUUGGACAGAUGGCCCUCCACCGGUGCAGAUUCAAGCUCAGAACGGACCAACAACCAGCCUGGCCAGCCUACUCUAAACACACACACACACACACACACACACACACACACACACACACACUGUACAUACAGGUCAGCCUCCUCACAGCUCUCGUUGUCUGUCACCUGCACAUUUUAUCUUGUAUUAUUCAGAUUUUUAACUUAUUUCAACUCAUUCAUGGUUUAGAGUCACCUGAUCUCCUUUAGGAUCAUAUUUAGGAUCGUUUGAGAAUUAAUUGAUUGAUUGGACAUCCACACUUGACCGGUUGGUGUGGUGCGAGCGCUCUCAUGUCUGGUGUGGAUGUUCAGAUGGUGGAACUAGUGAAGUCAUGCACUCAUCGUUAACUCUUUAAUGACGUCACACAGUCUGAGCUCAAAAGAGCGAUUUGCAUCUCGAUGGAUGGCGUGAUGUAUUGGGAACCAAGAUGGAGUAAUAAAAUGUCCAGUAGAGGAGACUGAUUUAGUUAUAAUAGUUACAUCUAGUUGAACUCUGUAUGUUCACAUGCUCAUGAGUGGAUGUUUAAACGAGCAGCUAAAAGCAUCAAACGAGAGAAACGCCAUGAAUAAUGGUGAUGACAUCAUUAGUUUAUUAGUAUGUGCGUUUGAAAGAACGUUGUCAUGCUGUUUUAGCAUCAUUAUUAUUAUUAUUAUUGUUGUUCGUUUAUUUUUGAACUAUAUUUGAGACUAAAAUACUCUGUGAUCUUUAUCUCUGCUGUCAGGUUCUGCUCUUCUGAGAAUCGUGGCGUGAAGCGGUUAAAUGAACAGAUGAAAGUGUCGUAUUCAUGACGAGUCUUUUUAUUAACUCUAAAUGUGUGUUGAUGCAAGAGGGAAUCUCAUGAAACCUGUCAAGAACACGUCUAGCUCAUAUUUCACCUCACAGUAGAAAGACUGAUAUUAUAUUUUGCUUAAAGAAAAUUAGGCUCGUUUUAGAACCAUUACUUCUUUUUUUUUGCAUCGUUUCAACCCAAAUUGUUAUUGCUGUAAUGCAAAAAAACAAGUGUUUCUACAUCAUGGUAGCAUUUUCUGUACUAUUUCUGUUUGUUUCAUUACAGUAAUGAGAAUGGAGGGAAAAUACGUUCCUAGAAUAGGCUUUGUUUUCUUUAUGCUAAAUCUGAUUUAGCUUUUUGAUUUUAGGGUGACAUAAGAGCUGGACAUGUUUUUGUGAGAUUCAGACACACAUGUAAAUGUCAUAGUUACACGUGUGUCAUUAUACAGGAGAAUACACACUAACAUAAACUCUGUGACGUCUGUUUCCUUCAUAAACAAACAAACAGUGGAGGAAGUGCGUUUGUCAUGUGACCAGCAGGCCGUGGUUUGAGAAAACACUGUAGAUAUAUAUGUGUGGAGUUGAUUGGAUCUUUGAUUUUCACUCAGUGAAACUGUCGUUUAGUUGGUCAGUGCAGGAUGAUAAAAUGAUCAUUUACAGAACUUUUCUAUUGUCGAAUAUUUUUAAAACCGUAUCUCAUUUUCUGCUCAACUCUUGAUUUUUGUACUUGCAUGUCUCGACACCGUCUCAUGUUUUACUCUGUGGGGAAAGUCAUUUCUUUUAAAGGUAUUUACCUCUUCUUUGUGUCUGUAGUUUUAACAAAUACAUUUAUUACAUUUUGUCAAGUUUGAAUAUUUAUAUACCACACUUAACAAUAUUAUAAUCUUUGUCAUUUUGAUUUGGAAUAGCAUUUGUUUGUAUAAAUGUCACGAAAGGCCGUUGUCUAUGUCGUUUAUGAUCACAUGUGCCACUGAUCGCAGGUUAACGGCUCGUUAUAUUCAGCCACUGUCUCUAAUAACUGUAUUUUUAAACUCUCAUAUUGUUUCUUUGUGUCUGCCUCAAAAUCUUCUGGAUUUUUUAAAUAAAAUUGGAGAACUGUAUGAUCAA